AUUCAGUUUUAAAAAGAACUUCAAAGAUUCAUUAUGGUUUCCAAAUUAAAAACAUUAUUUUUACUUUGCACCCUAUUGGGACUCACUUAUGGAGCCCCUACUGUAGAAGAAGAAAUUGUUGAAGAAGAUGCCGCAAUUGACGUAAGAAUUCGUGGAGGGCAAAAAAGUCCCGAACUACUAUUACCAUAUGCGGUUUCUUUACAACAGGCUUCUAAUAAUAAUAAAUUUUGCGGUGGUGUAAUUAUUGAUAAAAAAUGGGUUUUAACUGCUGCUCAUUGUUUUGAUCAGGCAACAGAGAAAGAUGAUCUACGUUGUUUUGCUGGAUCUGUUGAUGGUCAAGAUUACAUGGGUGACGACUCAGAGUUAAUUAAAAUAGAGAAAUAUUUUAUUCACAAAGAUUAUGAUAAAAAUAAUGAAGAUAGCGACAAAGGUGAUAUUGCGUUAGCUAAAUUAACAAGACCAUUCCAUUUAUCGAAAGCUAUUCAACCAGCAACAUUACCACCGAAAGGAUAUAAAUUGGCUAGUGAUGGUAUUGUAUAUGGUUGGGGAGCAACUACCAGAAACCAGGAAGAACCUUCUAGAUAUUUGAAACAUACAACUCUCAAUGUUAUUGACGAUAGCAAAUGCAAAGCUGUUUUCAAAGGAUAUGGUGACCGUCAAUUUUGUGCAAUUGGAACGUCACCUAAUGCAGCUUGUCAAGGAGACUCUGGUGGUCCAUUGAUACAAAUCGAAAAGAGUUCAGGAACUCCAUAUGUUGCUGGAGUGGUAUCAUUUGGAAGUCCAGAUUGUGGAACAGGUCCAACUGUUUUUACAAAAGUAACCGAUUAUCUUGACUGGAUUGAAACGACACGAAAAAACAAUGCAUAAUUUAAUUGUUAAAAUAAAAAAUUAGUUUUCUAAAA